AUGGAGAACGAUGGCGUCUUAUGUGUUAGCAAGAGCGUAUGGGCGAUUAAACAUGUUUCUAUAUGAAGUAAUAAGUUAUUCGUAAUGCUAAUGAAAAAUAACUAAACAAGAACCACACAAUAGAAUAGGAGAACAAUAGCCACGCUCAUCCGUCAGUUCAGUUUUCUGUUUCAUUUACCGUUUCAGUGAGAUUUGCAACGAACCCGCAGUAGACACUAAUGCUAUAUCAAGAGGGUGUUUUGCGAUGCGUUUUUAAAAUCAUGUGUAAUUUUGAAUGCAAUUAAGACCUGAGGCAUGCUGUUACAUGCGUAAGCUAAAACAGAGCAUAGAAAACAUUUAAUGAAACAAAAAUCGCUGGACUAGAAAGAUAUUGUUAUCUAGCCAUUUUGACAAUCGAUACAUCUGCCCAACCUAGUAACCUAGCUGGAAGGAGUAGCUAGCUUGCUUUGCUAGCUAUUCUUGUAUCAACAUGGAACGCAUGUGAACGUGCCACACGCGAACCCAGAAACGGCAAGAAAAGGCUGCAGGAGAAGGAAACAAGGAAGCGAUCCGUGAAUAUAGCUAGAUCUAUUAAAGCUAAGUGUUAGCAAAUAUUAUUUCUAAUGCGCGACCAAGGAGUAUGCGACUCGUCACUAAGAGUUGACUGCAGAGGGGAUGUCGGGCAGUAAGGCUUUGGGCGGAGGGGCUCGGCGCCGGCGCACUCGAUGCCGGCGUUGCCAGGCCUGCCAACGCACAGAGUGCGGCGAGUGCCACUUCUGCAAGGACAUGAAGAAGUUCGGCGGCCCCGGCAGGAUGAAGCAGUCCUGCCUGCUGCGGCAAUGCACGGCGCCCGUGCUGCCCCACACAGCGGUGUGUUUUGCCUGCGGUGAGGCGGGGAAGGAGGACACGGUGGACUCGGAGGAGGAGAAGUUCAGCCUGUCCCUGAUGGAGUGCACCAUCUGCAACGAGAUCAUACACCCCAGCUGCCUCAAGAUGGGAAAGGCAGAGGGCAUCAUAAACGAUGAGAUUCCAAAUUGUUGGGAAUGCCCCAAGUGCCACAAGGAGGGCAAGACCAGUAAGGAUGGGGGUGAUGGUUUGGGCAAGCGACGGACGGACAACGGGGAGGUGGGGCGUUGGAAGCUGACGGACGACCCACCUCCCAGCAAGAAGAAGCCCCUCUCCCUGGAGGACGGCCCCCGUCAGGACGGACACAAGCGCAAGAAGGAGAAAGAACUGCCCCAGGAGAGCGCACCCAAGAAGAAGAUGAAAGGUGCCCGAGAAAAGCACCUAAAAAAGAAGCAGAAGCCCAACGCCGACGCGUCCGAGACCAACGGGCCCAACUCCUCGUCCGGUGGGGGUCAGGGCUCGGGCGGCGGCUCCAACUCGGGUGCAGCGUCGUCAGGCGGGACCUCAUCGGCGAGUCAGGACCAGCGUUCACACCAGCGCGAGAAACUCGAGCGUUUCAAGCGCAUGUGCCAGAUGCUGGAGCGGGCGCGCGACUCCACCUCCUCCUCCUCGUCCAGCUCUGAGUCUGACUCUGAGUCCGACUCGGACUCGCCAUCGGGCGGCGCUGCGUCCGACCCCCCCUCGCCUCCCCCGGUCGCCUAUGGCAACAGCAGCAGCAGCUCCAGUGCGGCGCGGGACCGCGAGAGGGAACGCGAGCGGAACCGGCGACUGGCCGAGCUGGGCUUCAGCGCUAGCGAGGACUCGGAGGCCGACGGGCCCGAGGACGAAAAGGACGAGCGGCCCGAGGAGACCACGAGCGGCACGGACAAAUCGACGGCCGCCGCGCGCAGGCGAGGGGCCGGGGACUCGGCAGCGUCUCAGCGAGGAGGUCGCAAGGUCAAGGACGAGCCUCAGGACGAGCAGGGCGGGCCUGACAGGGGCCGCAAGGGGACGCUGCUGCCCCCUCCCUCGCCUCUCUCCUCCAGCCAAUCGCAGCCCUCCUCCGGCCACGGUGGACCCUCGCCCAGCCAAGAUGGCUUCUCCUCGUCGUCCACCAAGCGCAGCAACGGGCAGGAGGCUCGGAACGGGCGCACGCGGGCAGGAGGUGGACGUGAGGCCCAGGAGAAGGAGAACGCCAACAGCAGCGGAGGAACUGGAGGCCUGGCCAACCACCGGCACGCCGGCAGCAAAAGCGGCCGCAGCGGCAGCAACAAGAUCCGUAGUGCCAACCGGCAGAACCAGCAGGGCGGCGCCGGUGGGUCAUCGGUGCGAGGCGGCGCGGGGGGUGCCAUCUCGGCCACCACCACGGCCAACGGGGGUGGCGGGGCGCUGUUGCUGGGCAACCCGGCAGGCGGGCUGGCCGCGUCUCCGCGGUCGCAGACAGCCUCGCGGCUCGGUCACCAGCAGCCGCGCUCGCAGCUGGUCAAGCGGAGCCCACCGGCCGUGCCAUCGCCGCCGCGGCCCGUGCAGAUGGAGCGGCACCUCGUACGCCCGCCGCCGGCCUGCCCCGAGCCCCGCUGCCUGCCCCUGGACGGGGGCGCCUCGCACGUGCUGCCCCGCGACGUCUGGCUGCGCGUCUUCCAGCACCUGAGCCAGCGAGAGCUCUGCGUCUGCAUGCGAGUCUGCCGCACCUGGAGCAGAUGGUGUUGUGAUAAGAGGCUGUGGACGCAGAUUGACCUGAGCCGGCAGCGCUCCAUCACCCCCCCAAUGCUGAGUGGUAUAAUCCGGCGGCAGCCUGUCUCACUGAACCUGGGCUAUACCAACAUCUCCAAGAAGCAGCUCAUGUGGCUCAUUAACCGCUUGGAAGGUCUGCUGGAGCUGGAUGUGUCGGGGUGCCCGUGGGCGUCCGUGUCGGCCCUGUGCCAGGCUGUGUGUCCGUGUCUGCGUCUGCUGGACCUCAGUCGCAUUGAGGACCUCAAGGACUCCAACCUGCGCGAGUUGCUGGCCCCGCCCAAUGCCGACACGCGCUCAGCUCACGGUGAGAACCGAGGCGGGCGCUUCCAGAACGUGACGGAGUUGCGUCUGGCGGGGCUGGACGUCACGGACGCCACGUCGCGGCUGCUAGUGCGCUACCUGCCCCACCUGACUAAGCUGGACCUGAGUCAGUGUGGGAAUAUCACAGACCAGACCAUCCACACACUCACAUCGCCAAUCUCACCACUGCGGGAGAGUCUCACGCACGUCAACCUGGCAGGCUGUGUGAAGGUGACAGAGCAGUGCUUGGCGCUGCUGCGCCGCUGUGCCUCUCUGCAGAGUGUGGACCUGCGCUCCUGCAGCCAGCUGGGCCCGGACGCCUGCCAGCUGCUCUCCUCCCCCACCCCCGCCCCGCCGCACGACCACACAACGCUGCUCAAGAACAGCUAAGGAACCCCCCGCCACACGACCACACAACGCUGCUCUAGAACAGCUAAGGAACCCCCUGCACCUGCCGCAAGACCACACAACGCUGCUCAAGAACAGCUAAGGAACCCCCUGCACCCGCCGCACGACCACACAACGCUGCUCAAGAACAGCUAAGGAACCCUCACCUGACCCCCCGCACCCGCCACACGACCACACAACGCUGCUCAAGAACAGCUAAGGAACACUCACCUGACCCACCUGAUCCCCCGCACCCGCCACACGACCGCACAACGAUGCUCAAGAACAGCUAAGGAACCUAACCGGGAAACCGCACCCACCCCACCCACCCUCAACGCAGAACGCUGCUCAGCAAGAACUGAGGAACCCCACCUGCUUCCCAAGCCCCCCGCACCCCCCGGUCCCCACACACCCGCCUGUCAUGCUUCAGAACAGCUGAGAAAACCCGCCCCAAUCCUGAUCCAACACAACACAACACAACACUAAGCACAACAGGGA